UCCACCUGUUUAUAGCUCACAGAAACGCCAAUUCCACUAAACUACAAGAAAGCGGGAGAGCGGGAGAGAUAGAGAGAGAGAGAGAGAGAGAGAGCGAGAGAUGGAAGGAACGAAAAUGGACAGAUGGGGAUACGAGGUCAGGACCUCUUCCGAAGCCUGCAUAUCAGCUAUCAACUCCUACUAUCACCAGGUACUGAGUUAUGGAAGAAAGAGGUCUGUGAUAUUGGAAGCUCCCGUUCAUGAUCCACACUGUGUUUUGGCCAACAUCUUGGCCGCCCAUUUCCUCUGUUCCUCCGAUCCUUCUCGUGCUCUUUUAUACCUUGACGCUGCCAAGUCUCGACUGGAGCAAGCUACCUCGUACGAGAAAGCGGCUUUUGAAUCAAUCAUUUAUUUGAUUUCACCAGACAGAGAUGAUGAUGUUGCUGUUGAGUUACAUUACAAGCUACAAGACAAUUUCCCAAAAGAUCUGGUAUCUCUGAAGAGGGCACAAGUUCUAUGCUUUUACAUAGGUCGCCCUGAUCUAUCUUUGAAACUCGUUCAACAGGUUCUACCUAAAAAUGAUCAAGAAAAUUUCAUAUAUGGGAUGCUUGCCUUUGCAUUAUUAGAGAUGGGACAAAUGGAAGAUGCAGAGAAAGCAGCAAAAAAGGCAUUUGAGAUCAACAAGGAAGAUCCCUGGGCACAACAUGCUCUGUGCCAUGUUCUUCAGUAUGAAUGUCGUUUCAAGGAAGCGGUGGAGUUCAUGAAAGAAUCCUCAAGAUCAUGGAGUGCUUUAUCAUCUUUCAUGUACACACACAAUUGGUGGCAUGUUGCUCUUUGUUACUUGGAAGGACAUUCUCCUAUGAAAAACGUGGUAGAAGUUUAUGAUCUCUGUAUCUGGAAGGAGUUGGAAAGAGAUGAUGCUAUGGCUGCUGAGGUCUACUUGAAUGCUGUCGGUUUGUUAUUGCGAGUGUAUGUAAGAGGUGAAAUUAAUGUGUUUGAGGACCGUCUGAAGAUCUUAGCUGGUUAUCUCACAGAUCCAGUCUUUUGGUAUCUUGAGUGGCACCUUGAUUUGUUGACAUUAUGGGCCUUAGCUUGUACUGGAGAAUUGAGUAAGGCAGAAGAAUUACUGAAGGGAUUAAGAUCCAGAAUUUCCAUGAUGAGCAAGAAGAAACAGCAAUUAAUGCAGAAAGGAAUGCAGCUUGCAGAAGCACUAUAUCAUUACGGGAAGGGUGACUACAAACAGGCAUUAGAAUUGCUUGGUUCAGACUUUCAGGCCGUCAACUAUAAGGUGAUUGGGGCAUCAGAUGAACAGCUUGAUGUCUUUGAUGAAGUCUGGAUCAGUAUGCUGCUGAAUACUGGACAAGCUAUGAGGGCUAUUGACGCCAUUCAGAAGCAGUUAAAGAAGAGGGAAGGAUGCCCGUUCUUGUGGCACCUGCUGGAGAGGGCUUAUACACUGUUGGAUAGACCGGAAGCUUCAAUAGCAGGAGAAAAGGCGAGGGCUCUAGAAACUGCAUACUUUUAAUAGUUCACGAGGUAGCUGGAUCCUGCAGAUAAACACUAUCAGAGGUCAAACUAACCUCAUCUUGUAUCUUACAUUUUGUGUAAUAUAUAACUCACUUGUUCGAUUUAUCAUCCUUAUUUGCUAUGUGUUGUUUGUUUGAGAUCUAUAUGACUUCCGUUAAAAAACUUUGCAAAACCAUUGUUGUUUAUGUAUCAUGUACAAUACACAGAUUGGUUGGUUGAUUUUGAACUGAAACAUAUUGGCCUUUCUAUUGUG